UCUCAUGGUAGUAGUCGUCGGUGCCACGGGUGCCUCGAGAGUUGUAGCUGUUCCGGUGCCGGCUCCGACUGUGUCUCCUUCGGAGCUUUUUGCUCCGUCUCUGGACCUCGUGUCGGAGCUCGUUCUGUUCAUUGGGGAAGUCGCCAAAACCUGUGGGUGCGAGGGGGCUAAUGAAAGCCUCCAUCCGCACCGUCCAGAUAGCAUCGAAGAAGUUGCUAGGCCUUGAGGAAACCUCUGACGUCCUCUGAAAAAUCGCCUGGCUCAUAGGGCACGUGCCGGUGCUCGACGCCUGAGACUGGUAGAUGUCGGAAGACCCAGAAGUGCCGAUGCUGGCUCCUGCUGUGCUAUUGGUGGAAGCAUGAUGGACACCUCUAGCGGGUCCAGAGAAACCACGGAAAGAAAGGGGAGGGGGUAUAUGACCUCCCGUGUUGCUUCGCUUUGGGCUACAUGCCAUAGGCUGGUUGUUUCGCUCGUGGAAACGGGAGAUGAAAGGAGGCUCUAUAGCGUCGGCAGAACCAUCUCGUGGGUGGUUGCUCGAAAUGUCUCCCACAGAGUCUACCAUAGGGAAAGGAAUCACAUCACCCAUCUGCGACGACAGCGCACUCGGUAUGCUCGGUGCGCUUGGAGUGGCGGCUUUGGGUACGUGUGUCCGCCCCUUGGCCAGGCAGAUCGAGUCCCU